AUGUCGUACCUGAGGGCAGAAAUUUACUCGGCUCAGGUCUUACCGGGCGAGCAGCCCGAGGAUAACUCGUUUAACGAAAUCACGAAAGCUUUCCGGUCUUUCAUUAUGGAGUUUCGCCUCAACAACUCCUUCAUCUACAGAGACCAAUUGAGAGAGAACUUGCUCAUCAACAACUUUUACCUCAAGGUGAACUCAGAACACUUGAUCGGGUUCAAUGAGGAGCUCAACAAAAAGCUUUCGGAUGAGCCCGGUGAAAUGGUGCCACUUUUCGAAAACGCCAUCACUGACAUCGCCAAGAGAAUCGCUUUCCUCUCCAACGACGAGGUUCCCCGUGAUUUCCCACACUGUCAGUUGAUCUUGUACUCGAACUCGUCCACCAUCUCCAUCAGAAACUUGGACUCCGACCACAUCUCCAAGAUUGUGAGAGUAAGCGGCAUCAUCAUCUCGGCCUCCGUGCUCUCUUCCAGAGCCACCAACGUUCAAUUAGUGUGCCGUAACUGUAAGCAUACAUUGAAGAUCAAGGUUGGUUCUGGCUUUGGCCCAUUGAACCUUCCCUCCAAAUGUUUGGCUACUCACAACCACGACGAGUCCAUGUCACAGCAAAAGUGUCCUCCUGACCCAUACGUCGUUGUGCAUGACAAAUCCACUUUCAUUGACCAACAAGUCUUGAAGUUGCAGGAAACUCCCGACGCCGUUCCCGUCGGUGAGAUGCCCCGUCAUAUUUUGGUCCAAGUUGAUCGUUACUUAACCAACCAAGUUGUGCCGGGUACGCGUGUUACCUUGGUCGGGACUUACUCCAUUUACCAAUCCAAGCAAAGAUCUUCUGGCUCCUCCAACACAGUUGCCAUCAGAAAUCCUUACUUGAAAGUAUUGGGAAUUCAAACUGACGUCGAUACUGCCGCUCAGGGUCUUUCCUUUACCGAGGAGGAAGAAGAGGAGUUUCUUCGUAUCUCUCGUUUACCAAACUUGUACGAGGUAUUCUCUCGUUCCAUUGCUCCCUCGAUUUAUGGAAACAAUGAUAUUAAGAAGGCCAUUACUUGUUUGUUGAUGGGUGGUUCGAAGAAGAUCUUGCCUGAUGGUAUGAGAUUGCGUGGUGACAUCAAUGUCUUGCUUCUAGGUGAUCCUGGUACUGCAAAGUCUCAGUUAUUGAAGUUUGUGGAGAAAAUUUCUCCUAUUGCCGUCUACACUUCUGGUAAAGGUUCUUCUGCUGCUGGUUUGACGGCUUCGGUGCAAAGAGACAGUCAGACCAGAGACUUCUACUUGGAAGGUGGUGCCAUGGUUCUAGCAGAUGGUGGUGUUGUUUGUAUCGAUGAGUUUGACAAGAUGAGAGAUGAAGAUAGAGUCGCUAUUCACGAAGCCAUGGAGCAGCAAACAAUUUCCAUCGCCAAGGCUGGUAUCACCACGGUUCUCAAUUCGAGAACGUCCGUUUUAGCCGCUGCAAACCCUAUUUUUGGUCGUUACGAUGACUUGAAAAGUCCUGGCGAGAACAUUGAUUUCCAAACUACAAUUCUUUCUCGUUUUGAUAUGAUCUUUAUCGUGAAGGAUGACCAUAACGAGGCCAGAGACAAGCUGAUUGCUCAGCACGUUAUGAAUGUUCACACUGGUAACAGCAACAACAAUGACAACCAAGAGGGCGAGAUUCCAAUUGACACAAUGAAACGUUACAUUCAAUACGUGAAGACAAAGUGUGCUCCAAGACUUAGUCCUGAAGCGCUGGAGAAAUUGCUGUCGCAUUUCGUGGCCAUCAGACGUCGUUUGCAAGUUAAUGAAGCCGAUAUGAAUGAAAGAUCCUCCAUUCCAAUUACAGUUCGUCAAUUGGAGGCCAUCAUCCGUAUCACUGAGUCGUUAGCUAAGCUUACCUUGCUGCCAGUCGCCACACUGGACCAUGUUGAUGAGGCAAUCCGCUUGUUCACUGCAUCCACAAUGAACGCUGUGGAUCAGGGUAUUCAAAGCGGUAACUUGAUGGCUUCGGGCAAGUUUGCCGAGGAGAUCAAGAUUGUUGAGCACGAAUUGAGGAGAAGAUUGCCAAUUGGCUGGUCCACGGCUUACAGAACUCUUCGUAGAGAGAUUGUUGAUGCUGGAAGAGCUACACCCGAAGCUUUGGACAAGGCUCUACAUAUCAUGGAGAGACACGAGGUGAUCCGUUUCCGUCACCAGAGACAGAAUAUCUUGCGUGUGGGCCAUUCUAACAUCAGACCCAAGGAGACAAACCCACGUGGUAUCCCCAAAGCACCUUUUAUUGAGAAGGUAGAAGCUGUUGUGACUGAUCCUUCAAACUAUGAGACGAUCUUCAGCGCUUUCUCUGAUAGAUUACAGCAAUACAAAUAUAUGGAGCUCUCCAAGAAGCAGCAGCUUGCAGACCUUAACAUAAAAAUCCCAGAUACUGAAAAGAACCUACAAGUGAUUGACCUUCUCAAACAAAAGAAGGAGAAUGAAGAAGACGACGACGAAGACAAUGCCAUCGAAACAAACUACGAAUUGGACAGCACGCUAUACACAAAGGCUACAAUUGAUGCCAAAAAUCUUAAUUCGGUGUACUUGUGGCUUGGUGCUGAGGUCAUGUUAGAAUACCCCUUGGAUGAGGCUGUUGAGCUCUUGAACUCUAGAUUGGAGAGUCACAAGAAUCAGUUGCAGACGGUUGAGGAGGACCUUGAGUUCUUGAGAGAGAGCAUUACUACCAUGGAGGUGAACACUUCUCGACUUUACAAUUGGGACGUGAAGAGGAGAAGAGAGGAGAAGAAAUAG